UUACCACUGAGGUAUCAUAUGAUUGUGACCCACAGAUUAAUGCUUGUUAUAAUUGGUGCUUCAUGGACACUAGUACUAUUAUUAACAAUCAUUGGAGUAAAUUUCAUGAGCAGACUUUCGUUCUGCAAAUUUAUUGUCACUGUUAACAGUUUCUACUGUGACCAUGGGCCAAUAUAUCGUUCAGCUUGUAACAAUAAUUUCCUAAGCUCUGUGAUAGCCAGUGUGUUCCCAGCAAUCAUCCUUGGGUUUCCAGUAGCUUUUAUUAUCUUUUCAUAUACAUGCAUAGCUGUGACAUUGUUCAAAAUCACAACCCCACAAGACCGUCAAAGAGCCACAAAGACAUGUUCUGCUCAUUUAAUAUUAGUGGCUAUAUUUUAUGUACCCAUCACUUUUACAUAUGCAUUUUGGCCCUUUAUUAACACGAACACAAGGAUCAUUAAUCUUUCUCUGACUUCUGCACUUCCUCCAAUGCUUAACCCUAUAAUCUACACAUUCAUGACUGAGGAGUUCAUUGUGUCUGUUAAAAGACUUCUUAAACGAAGAUUCAUAUUCCCGUCUCAUAAAUAA